AAAUAUUUAACAGACAAUACACUGCAUUGAUCUUAUUGCAAAAAAUUAACUGGACUGUACUGCCAUUGGGCAUACCACCAAUAUUAUAUUGCCUAGGAUAUUGUGAAAAUAACCUAGUCUUAUGAGAAUAUACUGUGACUUUUCAUGAUCAGCAAGCGAAAGACAAGAAUAAGACUAUUUAAAACACAAAGGAUUAUGUAAUAGAAAGAUAGUGAAAGAAAGAGAGCAGGAAGGCCAGAUUGAGAAAGAAAACAUUGGCAUGUUGUAAAACUCACUAACUUCCUUGUGUGUGAGAUUUGUAAAUCUUUAAUCUCUGCUGUGACAAAUAACAGUCAGGAGGUGUUUCCUGAAGCCUCUGGAGGCUGGCUGUUUGACACUGACAGAAGAUUUACACAUGAACUGACAAUCUGACAUCACAUUCAUCUUCAACUCUCUUGGCACCAGCAGCAAAUGGAUGAACUGUCUCUGUUACAUCAAACUGUCUGCAUGCUGUUGCUGAAGGAAUAUUGACAUUCACUGUAUGAUUGAUACUACUCGUAAAUUGGGCCAAAACAUUUUUACCAGGAAAAGAGUUCGGGGGAAUUGUCAGGCAUGAGCAAAAACAACACUACAAACCAUACUGGCCUGCCGGAGGACUUCAAAAUUGCUCUUCUGGUCUUAUACAUAUUCAUCUUUCUUGCUGGGACUCUGAAUGUUGUAAUAAUGUCCUGUAUGCUACAGUCCCAAAGACGUCUCUCUUUCACCAAAGUGUCUGUGAUCAACCUGAUAGCAGUGCACUCCUUUUUCCUUGUCACUCUGCCUUUUCGCAUUUACUAUUAUGCUUCUGAUAAAAACUGGAUUCUGGGCAUGUAUUUCUGCAGAAUUGUCAGUCUUAUGAUCCAUGCCCACAUGUAUCUUGCAUUCAUCUUCUAUGCCUUCCUUCUAAUUGUGCGUUAUUUGGAGCACUCUAAUCAGCGGCACAGGCUAGAAUUUCAUCGCAUCCUUCACGCCACGAUUGCAAGCGCAACCGUCUGGUUGAUCAUAUUUGGCUCUAUGUUCCCAGUAACUAUUGCUAACUACGGAAUGAUGCAAAAUGAUUCAACUCAGUGCUUUCAUUUCGGUCAGGCUCUCAUGCAGCAAAGUGUGAAGACAUUAAACUAUGUUCUUUGUAUACUACUAAUACUGGUUUGGAGUGUGCUAGCAUUUUUCCAAGUUUAUUUUCUACUCUACGUGAGUAAGACAUUUGGAAAGGCCACAUGUCAACGUCAAGAGUUCUGGGCUCAACUGAAAAACGUUGUUUUCCUGUCGGUCAUGUUUUUUUGUUUUGUGCCCUAUCAAGGAUUCAGAGUAUAUUAUGUGAAAGAAUAUGGCAAGACUGAAAAAAUGCAUAAUAUAAAUGAAGUAUUUCUUGCUGUCACUGCUUUCAGCUGCUUUGAUAUGAUUGUUUUUGCUGGUAGAGAUGUAUGGAAACUGAUAAAUUCAAGGGGAUGGUUUCAAUGUUUAUAGCAUCUAUGUUGUUUUUGAUAUAGUGAAUUGUUUUCCAUUUUUUUAUGCUUUUGUGCCUUAUAAGCUUAAAAUAAUUGUUCUGCCUGACAGGGUGUUUGGAAAUAAGCUGGUGUUUUAUUGUCUAUAAUGAAAUUUGCAUUAAAUAAUUUACAGUAUUUACAUUGGAUGGAUUUACAUUAUAUGGUCUUUAUUCUUUUGUAUGUGUUCAGAGAAAAUGUUUCCACAUUUCUUUUUAAGUGUAAAGACAUAACGUGCACAUGCAGAUAGUACAAUAUAUGUUUUGCAUGAAACAUUAUUUCAAAAUGAUGUGUUUAUUUCUAUAAUGAUAUUAUCUGUUGUGUACUUAUGAACAAAUGUUUUAAUUUUUAUCUGGAACAAAACUGUCAAACCACCACUGAUACAGCCAAUUCAAUGACUGACGAGGUGUCAUGAGUCAUGACAGUACAUCAGUAGUGCUAAUUAUAAAGUUUACAACAGACCCAUCACUGCUAACUGAAGGACUUUUUAAGGUGUCACACAAAGACAUUUCAAUGCAAUUCAAAACAAGUCAUUUCAAAGCAACGAAAACAGUGGAUAGAGUUCAAUAACUUCUGUUUAUACUCAUUUCUGCAAAGGGAGAAUUUCUUUUUGUAUUUCAGCACCCUCUAGAGGCGUUGAAACGCUUGCAUGAGUGUUAUUAUACAUCCUGUUAAAAAACUUGUGAAAUAAUUAUUUUACUUCAGAACUGCUUCAUGCCAACAAUAACCUGACUUUUGUUAGGCUAUAAGCACUUCUUCUUUCCCUUACCUUUAUAUUGUUCAUUUUAUAGUGAAUGGAAAGACCUUCUCUAGCCUGACUACGUCAGACUUCGUACUUCCACUCAAUUUCAGUUCGCUGUACUCAGUCUGAUAUAGCAAACCAGCUCCCAGAUUAUCUCCGGUGUUACGAGAUUUUCUGUUUCAGUGGGCGGAGCAUACAUGAAUAUUAAUCAGUUUCCCGGAUAUGCGAGUGGAACUGACAAUUUCAGUUUACGCUCCUUGCAUCUCAGCAGGUUUAAUGGAAUAUUUAAAAAAAAAAAGGUAAAUAUAUUUACAGCGUUGCAUAAACCUAUGCCUAAACUACAAAUGAAUUAAACCUAAAUGAAUGCAUCCGUGGACAUAUUGUUGUAUAGGGUGUGAUGAUCCAUGUCUUAACUUACUCUGUUCAACAUUCUCCGUGUUGUUUGGUUAUAAACUAACUGAACUAACUGCUGGGGGAAAAAAGUUGCUGAAAUUGUCAUUGUUUUUGUUUUUUUUGUUUUUUUUUCAUGUUUCCCAUAUAUAAUAUUUAAACAUUUGUACAAACAUAAAUUAAGAUGAUCACAAGUAAAGGUGUAAGGUUUCCCUUGCACAGUGAAACCAAGAAUCCCAGGAUGAUUAUGUCUACACUGAUUUCCAAUAGUAGUGCAGAUAUAGACAUGUGAACCAACAACCGUACAUAUAUUAUUAAUUAGGCUUUAUAUAUAUUUUAUAAUAGAGGCCCUUUUCUAUAAGAAAUAAAGUGGAAUAAAGAUUGGAUUGUGGCCUUGACUAUCUUUUGAUAUCUAGAUGUUGCUAUAAUGUGUGUUGGUGUGGAAGUUUGAUAUUAUGUGAGACAGUGACAUUUUGUUUUUAAAAAUAUGUAUCCAAUAAUGAUUCACACUCAAAAUCCAGGAAAAUUUAGUCAUGGAGGAUGAGAUUAAUAUAAGUUUUCCUCAAUUUUGAGUAUGAAUCACAAGUCUUGUUGCAAUCUAAAAAGAUUUAUGCACCAACACAAGACUAGAUAGGAGAAAAGAGGGUGUGAUGUAAAUAUCCUUUUUGGAUCUGCUGUAUAAAAAUAUGACACAUAAUAAAGUUAUUCUAAGAUCAUAUGUAAGAGAGGUAAAACAACAACAACAUAUUUCUAAACUUGAUUCUGGCAUUUGACUAAUGACAUUACCAUUCAAAGGUUUUGGGAUUACUAUGUUGUUGUUUUUUUAGUAUUAUUAUUAUUAUUAUUUAUUUUCUUUUUUUUAAGAAAUGUAUGCUUUUGUUCGACAGGGAUGCAUUAAAUUUAUUA